GCAGCCCGACACACAUCCCCGACUUGCGCAACUUGAACUCGUGCAGUUGGUGUAUGAAAUGGACGUGCAGCCAGAGGAAGAAGCUUUGUCAAGCCGUGAGCAGAAGAGCAGGCGAGGAACCGGUGCCGCAGAUCCUGUCGAGCGAGCUCGUCGCCGGGCGGGCGAGCAUAUACCGCACGUGCCGCGUCUUUCUGGUGGAAAAGGCCAAAGGCGGCUGGCGAGGAAGAGCAUUGCAGACAACGAUGGAGAGGCUGUGAAGCAAGUCAGGCAAAACAGGUCGCAGAGGCUGGGAUUGUCAGCUACUUUGUCGGCUUCAGUCGUCUCGGAUGAGUACGAGGACGAGGGCGAGACCCGCAAGCCAGCAUCGGAUCCACUCCGGGUCAUUGUCGAGCCUGCGACGCUCACGGGGGCAUGCUCGACCAGUUCACGCCCGACCUUCGCGACGACGAGAAGCUGCUCUGGCAUCUGCGUGGACGCAAGUAUCGGCACGAGAUCAAGAACACACUACGGCGGGAGAACAAGGUGCCAACGGUGACCUCGGGCAUCGCCCGCGGUCUCCGCGGCACACUCCUGGCGCUGGUCGAGAAGCAGCCGCUGGCGUCUCGAAGCCUGCAGCGGCUCGCGGAUUUUCUCCCCAUCCUCGUCAUCCUGGUCGAGUUUGUACAGCUAGUGGCGGUGGCGGCGUCGAUCGCUCCCGCAGGCCUCCCGGUCACCGCCAAGCGUGCGGUCUCGCUUGUCACGCUCAACGCAGUUGUCAUUGAUAGCAGUGUCCUCAGCUUUUGGCUCUUUCUCUCGUAUCAGACGCUUGUGGGUGCGGCACUGUUUGGCAUAUUCGUCAUCUUUGGACUCAUGUCGGCCGGCCGACCCAGCCCGCCCCUCUGGGCGGUGGUGCUUGUCCGCACGCUUGUCCGCCUCCUCGCUUCGGUCCUCUACAUCCCAUGCCUCCUUUCGUUUGUCCAUCCGUUCUCAGUAGCUUCUGCCACUCUUGCCGAGCGGGUGACCGGCGGCGCCGCGCUGGUGGUUCUCCUUGGCCUCUCGGCACUCAUGGUGCUCAACACAUACUCUGCCGAUCCCGAGUCGUCGGACCCUACCCGCCGCGAGCACACCCGGCUCGACUGCGUUGUCUUUGUCAGCAAGACGCUCAUUAUUCUCGACGUCGUGUUUGUGGCUUCGGCGGUCGGCUCUCAGAUUGCUCUACUGGUCCUUGUCGGAUUCGGUCUCGUCCUCACCGCCGCCGUCCAUGCUCUUCAGCCGUACCACUGGGCAGUCGUGGACCGACUCCGAUCAGCACUCUUUCUCACGUUUACGCUCAUAACGCUGGGCCUCUACCUCGCGUCGUGCGUGUGGGAGCUGGAGUCGACCUCGGUGCAUUUUAGCCUUCUCGUCUUUGGCCCACUGGUGCCCGGCCUUGUUCUCGGCUACUUGGGACUUCUGCCGCGGACAAAGUCGACGUGGGUCUCGUACCAGCUUGACCGGCUGCUGAGGCCGCUCGAGCUGGGGCAUGUCGCCGCCGAUGUUUACACCUAUCAUCUCGAGCGCUUGCUGGUCUCGCCGCAGCGGCUGGGGCUCUACGGCUCGCUCCUCUCGACAGCCAUGCGCGACUAUGAUGCGGCCGACGCUGCCUUUGCGGCUGCACUCGAGCACGGACUCGCUGGCACUCACGUCACCGAUGCUGCCGUCUGGGCGUUCAAGUCGGGCAUCGAAGCGCCCGAACUCGCGCUCUACUUGGAGAUUGCACUCCGCGACGCGCUCACCUCGAAUGCUAUCGUCCUCACCGUGGGCAUUGCCGAUGACCUUGUUAGUGAGUUUGAGGCCCACAUGAUGUUUUUACACCUGCGGCGGCACGUCCGCUCGUGUGGCGGUGUCGUUCUCGCCCACACCGCGGUUCACACCGCCGAGUUGGAGACGCUACUCGACACCUCGCCGGUCUUUCCGCACACGCUGCAGCGGCUGCUGUGGUCGGCUUUCGGCGGUGCCCGGCUGGCCGAGUUUGGCACCCGGGCCCAGCUGGUCGAGGCCCGGCUUCGGGCCCACGCCGCCGUUGUGGGGCUCGGGCGCGAUGCGCUGGAUGUGCUUGUUGACAUUGUCCGUGGCCCCGAGUCUAUCGCGAGCAGCAGCGAGCUCGCCGCUGCUGUUCACAAUGCGAUCAGCUGGCAGUCUCAGAUCGAGAGUGCCAUGACCGGUAGGGAGAGUCCGAGCGAGUCGACGACGUCGUCGUCGUCGAUGGACAGCACGAACACGGCGGCGUAUGUUGGUGGUGACAGGGAAAAUGACGGGCACGAAAUGACGCUGCCUCCAGCACCAGUGAGUGCGGCGCAGCUCUUGCCGCCGCCACCAGGCCGCUCGAUGCCGUGCGACGUGGCCGCUGACGCGCUCGCUCAGCUUGUGAGCGCCACGAUCUCGUGCGAGUCGUGCGUUGCCGAGACCGGGAACGGUGGCUUUGUGUUUAUGAUCGAAGGCUACAACGCCAUCGACCCGUCGUCGCACUCGACGCUGCGUAAGCUCGUCUCGCGCCAUCCAGACCUCCCGCUAGUGAUCUGCACCGAGACACUCGCCAAUCGCGGCGGCGUUGCGCUCGACGAAAGCGCUCUGCCAUGGAUCGAGUGGCAGCGCUCGGGCCUCUCGCCGCUCUCCUCGGCCAUGCCGUCGGUGAAAGCCUGCGACGGUGUCGACACCAUCCGGCUGUUGACGGUGCCGCGCGAUGCUGGAAACCGCCGCUUGUCGCGGACACACACUGCCGCCAACGGCAUGGCAGCAGCAGCAGCAGCGUUUGACGCAUCUGCCGAGCCGAACUUUGCCUUUGACGUCGCGGUCGGUGACUCGCAAACCGAGCCGCUCUGUGCCAUUUGCGUGGCGAUUGCCUCUAUGUUGGACAUUGGAGGUGAAGGCUGUCCCCUUGAGGCCAAUUCGAGCGGCUCGAACGGAGCGGCCAGCCAAACACCAGCAACUUCGGACAUCACCGUGCCACUCUCGGACACGACGUCGGUGCCAGACGGCACCCCGCAUGCCCCGCCCAAGUUGAGCAGCGGCUCGACCACGCCGCCUGCUCGCUCGCGUCGGCAUCGGACGCGGCGGUCAGUGCCGCUGCAGUUGAUGGACUCGCCGCGCCCCCAGGACCGGCGAAACACCGGUCGCAGGCGGACGGUGCGCGACAGACGUGGCGGUGGUGACGCUGUCCGGUCGCGGCCUCGCAGGGCGCGAAAGGUGGCGCCACAGCCGACGGCGGGGAAGGAUGCAGCGAGCGCUGAGGGUGGUGACGAAGACACUCGCCAUGACACCGAGAGCACGACCAUGCACGAGCUUUGUGCCGACUCUCGUCUGCGCCACGCGCCGUCGCCGGCGUGCAUCUCGCUGCUCCGGUCGUUGGCUAUUGGCGGAAGCGAGAGCACGUCCACGCUGAGUGGGAGUGCCUCGUCGAGCAUGUUGGCGCGCGAGAGCUCGCUCGCAUCGCUCAAUGUGGACCAGGAGCACUACAUGGCGUUUAUCGAGCUUGCUGCUGUGAUUGGCCGAGAGGCGCGACUGGAGCUUCUUCGGCUCGGCUUUGAUGCGUGGUGCAAGGCUGCCAGCAGAAGAGAGCCGGCCGAGUUUGACGCGCUCCUUACGUCGGCUGAGAACCAGCAGAUCAUUGAUGUGAUUGGCUCGGGUCUGCGGCGGAGGUUUGUGUUUCGGCAAGCAGCUGUGCAGCAAGCAGUGGUGUCGUCAAUGUCUGCCGAUGCGCGGGCGACGUAUGCGUUCCACGCUGCGCGUGCAAUGGCAGACGCGAGUGACAAGGAGCUCUCGCAGCCGCUGGCAUAUCUGGGCUACGCACGCAUGGCGUGGGACGUUGAUCUCCUCAUCCAAGCGCACUUGAAGCUGCUGGAUGUGCCGGCGACCCAGUUUGUGGACAACGUGCGCGAACUGCUGAUGCUCAUCGAUAGGGGCGACCGCAUGGCCGACCAGGCGCGGCUGGUUGGGGGUGGGGAAGCGAGUGUUUCGCUCGACGACGUCGAGGCCGGGCGCGCAGGCUCACGCUCGAUUCUUACGCCGUAUCUAGCGCGCGUGCGGCUCACGCUGAUGCACAAGUUUGGGCCGAUGGUGCCCUCGUACACGGAGAGGGCUGGGCUACAGCCGGAUGAGCGCGUGCUCGAGGUGGCGUGUAUGGCGCGGCGAAAGGCGGUCGAGGCGUACCUCCGGGCGCUCCUGGCCGAUGAGUCUGAGAGCCUGUUUGUGAAAGGAGGAGAUGCUGAGCAUGCCGACGAUGUGCUCGCGGUCCUCGCACAGUUUCAGGCGACGCCGGAAGCAACAGUAUCGCAGUAUGCGCUCGAAGCCGAGGUAGCCCUCUCGGCCAACGACCUUGUGCGGGCGAAGGGCGCGGUGGCGGACGGUCUGGUGUACGCACACCACGCCAAGGUCUCGUCGGUUGACAGGGGCGUGCAAGGGCUCACGGCGAGUGCCGGAUGGGUCCUGCGGCGUGCGUCCCAGUUCCGACGGGCACUGCAGUGGCACAAGGUGGCGCUGCGGCAUGCGCGGCGCGGCGCAAACCGGUCAGGUGAGGCGGCGGCGCUGUGGGGUCUCGGGCUCGCCGAGCGCGAUAACGGAAAGCUCAAGGUGGCCGAGUCGCACCUUGCGCAGGCGCGCGACCUGGCCAACUGGCUCUCCAACGUUAGGUGGGCGGCGGAGAUCGAGCAUGCGCUGGUGGUGACUCACCUCCGGCGGGGAGGAUGGGAGCUCGCGCGCGAGCAGUGCCUCCAGAUCUUCAACAAGCGACUGUCGGAGAAGGCUGUAGAUCUUGCACUUGUGACGCUUGCGCAGCUCGCGCUGCUCCAGCACGACGACGAGCUGUUUGCCUCGGCGGUGGCGACGAUUCUGGCAGAGACCUCGAACCGCAACACGCUGGGCGAUGCGUUCCUACUGACAGCCAUGCAUGCGUUCCGCGACGCGCUGGAAAAUCAGCCAGGCUGCCUGCCAGCUGGCGUGCCGCCAACGCAAAACGCGCUCCAUGCCGCAGCUCGCGGGUAUGGAGACCGGCUGACGGCGGCGACGCGGGCGCGAGCCAUGCUGUCGGACAUGCAAGCGGUCUCGCGCGAGAACGCGCGGCUGGGGCGGCACCGACAGUCGCCAGCGACGCGGUCGGCGAUGCUAGCAGUGACAAUGGUGGCGGCAGACGUCAUCCUGUCGAGCGACGAGGUUGAGGCGACGCCGACGCCCGGGGGACACUCGCUCGUCAAGGCGCAGUACUCACUGUCAUCGCUCUCGGAGCUCGACGUCGGCUCGGUGAAAGAGCUGAUCAAGCUGCGGAGCGAUGCGGGGAGCACAGGCGCGCGGCGUAAUGAGCCUGUGCGGCGGUGGACCAUCGGCGAGUACAUGAAGCUCGUGGCCGACAUCCGACGCGAGCUUGUGGGCUCGCGGAGGUACAAGCUCAAAGAGUACGUCGACGUCUUUGUCGGGCGCGAGUUUGUGGCUUGGAUGGUGGAGAGUGGGCGCUCACCGAAUCGCAAGGACGCGCUGACGCAGGGCCGAAACAUGGUUGCGUACGGGCUGGUGGCGCACGUGUACGAGGACCACGACAUGGAGGACAAGCGCUUCUUCUACCGGAUCCGGGUGUGACGGGCAAGUGCAAUACAGAUUCACGGGUUUGGAA